ACAGGGUUCAAAGAGUUCUGUAGAAUGGUAUAGCAUAUAUAUAUAUUCUAUCGAGAAAUCUAUAGCUUUGUCAAGCAGGAAGGGUCGGACGAAUGAAAAUGUAGACAGUGAAGCGAACAGUGUGGGAGAAAGGAAAAACUUGGUGACUCGCGAAUGGGGCAUACGUUCCAUUGCUUCCACGUACAUACGUACGACGUACGUUACCAGCAUUCGUGUGUUUUUUCAUGCACAUCGCGCAUGACGCGCGCUAAGUCUUCCGAGCAGUGCUGUACGCGGCGUAUUUAUGUUCGAAAUGGUUACUCUCGGUUGUCGUUCGCUUUGUCAAUUUAUCAUUGAAUUUUGCAUUUGCCGAUACUGUACGCAGUUGCGUAUGCCCUUAAGAUCUCUACGAAAACACCACGGUCGAAAGUUGAGGCGGAGUAACCACGAAAUUAAUUGGUUCUAAUUACCGGAGACAGUUUAUAUUGCUAUUCGACUCCGUUCGAUUUCGAAUUAUUAGCGUUUUGAAUAUGUGAAUUCGAGCAGAAGUCUGCUUUAGAGGCUCUAUUAGCAGCCAUUUUCUCGAGUAUGACGGCAUGACCUUACGGGACGUUGAAUCAAGUUACCGAUGCAACGAGAUACAUUGUCGGAUCGGGAUCGGCAAUCAAUUUAUCGAUCGAUACUGAUCGUAACAUGCUGUCGAUCGAGAUUCGAUCAUGGAAUUUCGUACGGAACGCGAGUUAUUCUUAUUCGAAAUAUUCAGGUGAGUGAAAUUUAAUGGCUCGGUAUUACGCGGUAGAACGAGACGCCAUCUUUACUACCGGACCGCUAUCUAUCGAUGAUUUCGAGUUUCCUCGACAGUAGCGCCAUCUACUUCCUUUCUGCCGGGAUCGCGUAAAAGACGCGUGUUCGGAAGCUCAGUGAAACGUGACAAAAGAAACAUCUCCUGAGAAUGUUUCUCUGGUCCGUUUUGACGAUUUUCUAACGAACAAACGCGAGACACGGUCUGAUGAAGUAUAGAAAACUUUGUGCGUACCAACGAUCCAGACAAUUGGGAAUCGCGGCUGUGGAAUCGUUGCGCGUCAACUUCUGACGGCAGGCAUGCAUCGUCAAUGACUACGAUCGUACAUUCGGUUGCUACCCGAAUGUACCUUGGAUAUUCAGUAAAGAUUCUAAGCGUCGCGGAACAUGUUGUGAUAUAAACGCGGAGGCGAAACAGUGCUCCACCAUGGUUAACCUUAAAGUAUCUAAGCCUUCGAAGUAAACGGAUUCAUUCGUGUGCAUAACAUAAUGUAGAAAUAACGAAGUUAUAAUAUAUAUAUAUUACAAUAUGAAGAAAUAAAUGAACUGUUAACGAUUAUACUAAGUUGAUUCGAUAGACAAACGAACAAACAAUUGAUAAUCAUCACAGAAAGAAAUGAAAAAUCUGAGGCCUGAAAUAACCCCAAGAUUGGGCGCUUAAAGUAGUUAGUUUUGAAGUAGUUAAUUCCGUAGUCGAAACUUUAAAUGAUGAAAUUGAUGCCUCCAACUGUGCCCUAACUUUAUUUAAUAAUUAGUAAUUAUCUAAUAGUGAUGCGAAAGUAUGCCGCUGAAUUGUUUGUGAUUUAUACCAGCAUUUUCGUAAUUCGUAUUUUGAAAUUGGCGUUUUAUGCGCGGCGGGUUUUCAAUGAAUAAAGCGAGAACGAAUAGAUCAAACUGCAUCGACUAUAUAAAACAUGCGUAGAAAGAAAUAAUAGACCGACCGUAAGCGGACAAAGAUUAUUUCGAGGCUUUAUGGCCAUUCAAAGAUCCUUCUCACUCUUGGCAAAAGAUAAUUACGGUGAAAACUUUCUUCCACGACUGUACCCUAGAGGCAGGUCAGAACGACCGGAACAUCUGCCGGACAAAGGGAAUCAAGCAGUUUGUAACUAGAUACAGCCUUGGAUACAAGUGAUUUCCAGAAAAUUGCUCGUUGCAAGAGCUAAUUGUUUUUUUGUUUUUUUUUUCAUUUUUCGUAUACUCGUGACUGUGAUGAAAAGUGAUAAAUGUGAUGGUGAUGCUAAAUGAAAUGGUCGAAGGUGGAAUCUGAAAGAGGUGGAACAACUAAUCGGUAGUGUUGUAUAAAGUGAUUCUUUGAAUUCCUGUGCCUUUGCGACGGCUUGAAUUGCUACGAUUUCAUUUUCGUCGUGCAACGAUGCAAGAGCAACUGUGGACAAGUGCAGUGAUUUGAGUGAACGACACACAAAAAACAAGAUGGACGAGUACGACAAGAAGUUCGCUGAAAUGCAAAAGUAUAUUCCGUUUUUGGAAGCAAUGAUAGAGAGGUUGCAAAACGUAAAGGACAAAUCGCGGGAGGUACAGCUGCAGAAAAUGCAAAGCCUUCACGGAAUUCUGUCGAACAGCAAGAGAAAGCUGAAGAUCGACACGUUGCAACGAUGCGAAGAUGUUCUACAGAAGUUGCACAACAAAGUAGAAAAGUUUCAGGGAAAUACUCCGGGACUGCAUUUUCCGAACAAAAAAAAUAGCAAUGGCACGGUGCAGACCACAACCUCAUCCGGCGAGAAUGCCGGACAACCGCCGAAGGAAUCGCUCGAGAAGAAAGAAAAAGAGAUCCACGAGACUCCAGCUAGCCCGAGUCCUCCUGUUAGUCCCGACUCCGGUUCCCAAAUAGCGCCGAUAAUAAUUCCUACCGAGCGCAGUGUGGACUUUAUCGAUGACAGUAAACCGGCCAGUCCCGAUCCGGUCGAGACGUUGCCGACAAAAAGUCCGAUCAUCAUACCUACCGAGCGGACGAGUAGCGAUCAUCUCGGCUUGUCCUCGAAUUUGUUGGAGUGUGGUUCGACUCCACCGACCAAGAUCGCCGAAGAUGUUUCCUUCUCCGAGUGGGACAUGCUCGAGGAGAACGAGUCACAGCACACGCGAAACAAAAGUUGGCCGUCCUCGAUCGCUUCCGGUCAGGAUGUGAGCGCCACGAUUAAAAUGGUCGGUAGUCAGCUGCCGCAGAAAGUGAACGACGGAAGAAACAGCCACGCUUCCUCGAUAUCGUUGCACACUUCUCGGCACAUACCGACGAUUCCGGUCCCGUCUUUGGGCGGCUCUAGGCGGUUAACGUCGAUGCUGGAGAAGAAUCGUUUGCACGGCCUGGAUAUUCAGGUGGAGACGAGGUCGGAUUCACCGGUGAACGUGCCGGACGCCAGGUUGAAGUCGCCCGACCCAGAUAUCCUGUUUCCAAAGCGGAAAAUUACGUCUCCGCGGCAGAAGGAGGCGAGGCCGGUCUCGAAACCGCCGGCGCCGCUACUCUCGCCACCCCCAGUCUCGAAUAAACCCCCGUUGUCGAUGGAGGAUUUAGCGGAAUUGCUGAACGAGGAGACGGACAACAAGGCGGACAAGAAGGUUGUCCGGGAGAGAUCCAAAGAUGAGGAGGACAUCGACAGCGAGAGUGAGAGACGCUGGGAGGAGGUAGAUAAGCAUAUAGUUAAGUUGACGAGUAGGAAGUGUUUGUCAAAUAUACCUCCUACCGGUGGCUGCAAGGGAGCCUCGGUCGGCUCGAUGCACAACGUGGAGAAGACGACCGACGUUAGAGGUCCACCGUCUUCGCCCGUUUCGAAACCGGAGCCUCGCUAUGCCGAUAACUACGAAAGACAUCCUCGCCAGAUGCGUGACAAUCACGGUGUUAUCGAUAAAGACAAAGGUAACGUGCAUCCGCAUUGUAGGCCCGAUGAGGACGGACACGGCCUGCUUUUGCCGCAUCACACCAAGUUGGAUGAGAGAGGUCCCAUGAUGUACCAAAGACGACAAGGCAAUAUCGGUCCGGAGAUUCCGCAGCCUAGGAUCGACCCUGAGUUUCGAAUGGAUGGUCCGGAGUAUUUUAACAGGCAGAUGUCGGGUCAGGGUCACUGGGUGCCACCACCACCUCCUCCUCCUCCCCCGCUGCCACCGCCACCACCACCACCGAUGCAUGCACCGAACCCAAACGAUUUUUGCAACAAUCAGUGGCCCCCGUCUUCCAACUUUGCUGGUAUUCCGAGUUCACCCGCGCAAAGUUAUCAGCACCCCAUGGGGAUGCAUCAGGAGAUGUGGAACGUUGGAUCGGUCAGAGAACCGAUUCACGUGGAUCCGCAUCAGGUCAACGAGGGGCCAUUGAGGCCCAAUCAGUUCGCACCGAACAUGAAUGUUAGACCUAUGAUGAGCCCGAACCAUGUGCCCCGACCCGAGGACAUGCCAAGCGUAGACGUGCCCAACGUGCAGGCGAUACAGCCUUUGAUCUCGCCCACUAUGUUCCCUAUUGGUCCCCAGUACAGAAAUUUCCAGGGUGAGAACAGGCAGUACGAACAACCCUUCGAAAGACCGGUAGAGUACCCACAUCCGAGGCAACCGUGGGAUUCUCAAUCUGUCCGACCGCCAAACGACUCUUCCUACAGACCCGAUAACGAGGGCCCGUGUGUGGUCAAGGGGCCCUCUGAUGCUUCUGGGCCGUACUCCAGGCCCAGCACUCCUUGUCCUUGGAGCAGAGCCCGUGGCUCAGGCAGAGGUCGCGCCGCUUAUUACAACGAAAGGGGCAGGUCAGAUCAGAGGACUAAUUUCAAUCGUGAUGGAAGAAGACCAGAGUGGUCCAGAGAUAAUCACAGCGAAUGGGAUAGCAAUAGGUUUUCCAGGGAUAAUAGAAACAUAUCCGAACGAGAUCCUAGAGUUCGAGUGGAACACGGAGCAAUGAAUCAAAGCCCGAAUCAGUCGAGCGAUCAGUCAAGAGACAGCGGCAGCUCCGUUCGAGAUCCUCGGUUAGCCAAAGAUAAACAUUUCCCUCCUAACAAGAAUAAGGAUGUCGGUUUUAACGACAGAGAUCCUAGGAAAAGGUCGACGGCCCCACCGUUUUCAUCAUCGUUCAAAAAAGCGAAGGACAAGAACAAGUCGCCUUCUAAACCGUCCGAUGGUCAUCGUCGUUCCGACGCAGAAGUCAAUUCCAAAUCCCAAGAGAAGUUGAUCAAGGACAAGAUGCAAUCACCUCUGGAAAGUCUCUACGGGGUGAUCGACACAAAGGCCAAGUCCGCGCAAGGCUCCCUUCAAAACUUCAAGAUCCCGAAGAUCAAGCGCAACGAUUCGUUGGAGUCACCUACGUCUAGUCACAUUGCUGACGAGAUCAAGAUGACUGAUUCUUCUGUCGAGAGGCGAGAAGGUAAGGCCAAAGGUAAAAAAGACAAAGACGACAACUCGGGCGAGGUGAGCAGUAGCAGUGACGGUAACAUAAUGUGGGAAGAUUGGAGCGGCGACGGUGGUAUCGUCGCCGAGAAGAAAGAGGAAGCACCCCACAUCGAGCCUGUUGCAGAGAAGGCCGAAACGUGCGAGGAUGAACCGGACCUCGUCAUUACUACCUCUGGUAAUUCCCCCGAUAAAACUUCCGACAAAACCUCCGACAAAACCUCCGACAAAACCUCUGACAAGACCUCUGAGAAAAUCUCCGACAAAACCUCCGACAAAACCUCCGACAAAACCUCCGACAAGGCUUCCGAUACUGCUGAGAAACUGAAAAAGGAUCACGCAGAACCGGAAGGAUCUAAGCCGAAGGAGGAGGUAACGCAGGAAUGGAUCGAAGCGUUGAUCAGAAAAUCUUUCGAGUUCGGCGAAGGAAAGAAGUUCGUUGAACAGGCCAAAUUCAUGCAGAGAUUGGGAGAAGUGUUCCAAGCGAAGAAGCUGAAGAAGAUCAAGAAAAUCAUCGAGUCCGAAUCCGAGAGCAGUAGCUCGGACAAAGAAGAAGUUUCCGAGACAAAAAAGGUACGCGUGAGGAAGAAGCGGCGUGUGAUCGUCUCUGAUAGCUCGGACGACGAAUCCUUGGCCGAUGUAGGCCAAGAGAAUGUAGGUAUCUUAAGCACGUUGAAUAAGAAUUCUUCCGACGAGAAUCAGAAACUCUCUGGGAUCAAACAAGACGAGCCGUCGAACACCACGACGCCACUCGACGCGAAGCCUUCGGAACCCGAAAAAGCCAAAGAGGAAGUUACGCAGCAAGAUAAUAAACCUGAGCAGAACAUUGCCGAAGAUAAGUCGACCAAAGUAGAGCAAGAGAUUUCAGAUGUGGAAAAACUAAAAUUGAAAACUGAGACAAAAGAGGAGCCGAAGACGGAAAAGACGAAUGAAAAACUGAGCGAAAACUCGAAUGUAGAACCGAGCGAAAUAUCGAGCGAAGUAUCGAGCGAAGUACCGAACGAAAUACCGAGCAAAGUGGCGAAUGAAUCACUGAAUGAAGAAUCAAACGAGGGAAGUACCGGCAGCAAAACGCCCAAAACUAAAGCGAAGCGGAGGAACUCCUUGGAGAUGCUGCAGGAAGAUAUUAGAGAGAUGUUCAUUAGCGACGAUGUUAUCGCUGCUACGGGACAUAGAAUGUGCCGAGCGCAAAAGGAGAACCAGGUCGCCGGAGCUGCUUCUGUUCAAGUUGCACCGGCUGCCAAGAAAGACGAUUCGGUGAAAGAGGUAGUUUCGGACAGCGAAGGGUCCUCGAUAGCUUCCUGUAAGUCGAAGAAGACUGCUAAAUCCCGUACCAGUGAAGAUAUCGCCAAGGAGAGCCCCAAAGACAGCCUCAAAGACAAAGUGAAAGGUAAAUUUAAAAAGGAGACCCAGCGGGUGACCCGACAGCGAUCCAAGCAGCCUGCGCAGAGCUCUGACAGCGAAGAGGACCAACCGUUGGCCCUACGAACCGAGCGUGUUCAAGGCUGUAGCUCGUCGACUAAUCAAGACGAGGAGCCCGACACUUUGCGCAGAAGCAAACGCAUCAACAAUAAGGACACCGUUAAAGAGCCGCGCGUCGUCGUUGAAAAGACGGACAUUUCGAAAUUGGAGAGUUCAAAGGUGAUGUUCGACAGCUCAUCCGACGAGAGUUUCGGCAUAGAUGUGUCCGAGUUGACGGCGGCAGUCGACAUCUCCCUGCGCCCCGACAAAAGCAUCGAAGGAGAAACAUCCGAGAAAAAGAAAUUUGUUCAAAGCUCGUCGAGGAAGACCACGCGGAAGAAGAGCGCCGCGGUCGAAUCGGUUAGCGAGAGCAAGGACGACGCGUUGUCCGACGGAGAAAGCAUUAUUUCCGAUGUGUCGAUGUCGAGUAGCAUUGCUUCCAGUAAGAAAGUGAGUUCCCCUCCGGUGAAACCGAACACUGCUGGCAGUAAAGAGGAAUUGCUUAGUAAUAUUUUGGUAGGAUUAUAUGCGUCCAAAAACAACUCGGACAAGGACUCGAGUAUGGUGGAUAAAGAGAGCGACGCGGACAUCGACGACGACGUCAGCGAUCAGCUGUCCGUUGAGCCGAACGUCAAGAAGUUCUCGGGGAAGAAGAAGAAAAAAAAGUGUAAUUGGCAGAUGGGAAUUCUAUCGAAGAAGAAGAAAAAGAAGACCCCAACUUCCUCUUCGAAAGAGUCUGAUCUUUCUGUGAGUUCUGAACUAGAUACUUCACAGAUAACAGAGUCCUCCUCUGCAGGUUCCGUCUCCGAGACGUCGCCGCAAGUUAAAGAUAGCAGUCUCGAAGUCCACGAUACGCCGAGCACCACCGAGACGCCGAAGAGUACGACGAAAAAGAAUACAGAAACGGAGGAACCAUUCGAUGGUUUGAACAUAAAUGAAUUAAUCGAUUACGCAUGGACCGGGCAGGAGAGGUACAAGUGUCUGCUCUGUUUCUUCACCGGCAAAAACAUUGUACACCAUUACAAGCUAAAUCAUUCCGGCAAAGAGAUUCUUAUUUCAAGAUUGAAACUUGCCGAUGCUCAGCUGGCGAUCCAAGAGGCGAAAGACAACGAUGUAGAGGAUCUCCCGUCGAAGCCUCUGACCGAGGAGAUCUUCAAAUUCCAUUGCCGAUUUUGCUCCUUCUUCACGGAGGGCACCGCAAAGGUGGCUCUUGAAGCGUUUUACGAACAUUGUACCACACAUACCGGGGAGUACAGAUUCAGAUGCAACAGCUGUCCCUAUCAGGCUGUAGCAAAAUCCUCGAUGAGGACGCAUUAUUACAAGGUGUGCAGAAAAUUCAAGGUUACAUUCAACGAGGCCAUCACCGAGGAUGAGGUGCCCGAUGAGAAUCGCGUCUACGGUUAUUUAUGCUCGAGCUGUAAUUAUGUUCAGCUGAAGAAGUCGAAUUUGGAGCUUCACGUUCAACUCUGGCAUAAAGAGAACUCUGAAACGAAUAUUGUCAAAAUAAAUAUGUCUCUUGGCUCGAUAAAGAUAGAGCCUGCCUCCGGCGCUCUGACGAGUAAAAACGUGAAGGCAGAGAUGCCUCAGCCGAGUUCGGAAAGCCAGGAAGAAUCGACGUGCAACCCGGUGGCUACCAUCCAACAGGAUGAAUCGCCCAACAUCGAUGAAACCGAGGUAAAGAUUGUCAAGGAGGAUUCGGUGCGCGAAACUGAAAAGGUAAAAGAAUCGGAGGAAGUUAAAAAUGAGGACGGGGGGGAAGACCGUUCAAAAGAUCAACCAGAGUUCAAUGAAACGAAAAAACCCUCCAGCUCGGAUGCGGAUGCUAGCUUACCAACGGGCAAGCUAAGCGUGUUCGUUUGCCCACCGGAAUUGGAGAAGAAGGAAGUCGAGAUACAAUUAGAGAGAAAAAGGAAAAUGCAGGAGAUCAUUCAGAACAUUGGUAUCAAACUACAGAAGGACGCGUCCAAGAAAGGUCUUUCUAUCAUAGACAAAUUAAAAGACAAGAUGAAGACGAAUAUGGAGACGACAACCAGCGAGAAAGAAUCCGAUGUUACUUCGGAUUCGAAUCAAAUUGCUAGCACUUCCGUAGCAACGGCCAGUUUGAUAGAAUCUGAAAGCAGCGUCACAAAUUUACUUGGCUUUAAUGCGCCCGUUAUAGAAGAACCGGAAACAAAUUUAUCUUUGUCCCAAGAUUCAUUGGAACAAGAUAAGCAGUCCGAGAGUUCUAUUUCAAAGUCUCGUUCACCGAAUAUUGAAUGUGAUUCUCAGUCCGCGCCCGAAACGGAUCAAACGAACUUGAGGAUGAAAGAUCCUUUGGCAUCGUUAGGACUAAAGAAAGUCGACGAAACCGAUGCAGAAGCUAGCGAUAUUGAUAAUGCGAGAGAUACAGCUACUUUUUGCGAAUCCGAUUCCAGCAGUGAGCAGUCGGAUACAGAAUUGUCUACAGAUGUAAAUAUGAUUUUAAAGGAAACCUCCAAUAUCAACGCUUCUUCCAGAGAUCCGAUGCUUACAACUAUUCAAAGGCUGGCUGCUCAGCUUCAGGCCACAAAGCCGCUUGAAGCAAGCAAAGAAGAAAACUGUUUCAAACCUAUAGAAUCUACUGAGAAAAAGUUUGAUUUCAGUUCUAUUCCAAAGCCACCGGAUGUAGUACCCAUAGCUAAUAUUAAACGAUUUGUUGGUAAAUCAGAGCGGUUCAAUGAAAUAAUAACUGAAGCAAACGAUGGUGUCAAUCCACCGAAAAACUUCAUUAGGCUAAGACGGUUGAGUGGUGAUAUGUUGUCCGCAAUGAAUCAAUCUUUGGGUAUCCAACGAGAUGAGCCUGCCUCUAAACCUGACGAAGUUACAUCUACGAAUAAGGUGGAGGGCGUGUUAAAAUCGGAUGGAGAAGAGGAAUGUUCGUUCUUGAAGAUUGAAAAUGUGGUCAGUCUCGCACCGAGUAUUGACAAUGACAAUGCUGGAAGUCCUACUAUAAACGAUAUUAGAAAAGCGGUUGAGAUUUCUCCCAUAAAGAGCAGCAGAGGCGUUUCGCUGCUGAAGAAAUCGAAACCUAGUACACCAUUAAUUCUGAAAAAAGUGAACACUGUCACGGUGACGAAGCCGUUGGUGAAGAACAUUCAAUCUAUACGAACAGUCGGAACGGACACGUUGAAGUUGAUCCCGGUAAAGAGUCUGUCUUUGAAUCCAGUAGGUGUGACCAGCCCACAAUUGUCCAGAAACUACAUUCCGAUUGCUCCAAAGUCAGCGGUUCUGAAGGUUGAUAGCAAGUUGCAGUUUCCACUUUCGGUCAAUAAAAGCGCAGUGGUCACACCAGUGACUACACGUACCGUGACUGUAACAUCUCAAUCGUCGAACUUGAAUUACAAAAUCGUGAAGGUGCUACAAUCGCCGACUCUUCUGAAGGCCAUAGAUCCGGCGCUGAAAUUGAAAUCUUCGGAUGCUUACAACGCGAUGCUUAAAACCACUAAGUUGGCUCACUUGUACAAAUGCAUGGGACGAUUCUGUCACUUUACGACCGAUAUCCUCGAGAAAUUCCAACAGCAUUACCAACAGCACGCGUACGAGGAAGAGGGACAGAAGCCACCGUUUGAUUAUCAGAAAUGCGCCUACUGUUACAUGUCAUUGGAAGAUUGGUCACAAAUGAAGAAACACAUAGAAGAAAAACACGCCCACUGUCGUUACCAGUGCAGUUACUGUUUUUACAGAGCCAUUACAAUAUCUUACGUUCGAUUACACCAGUCUGCUUCUCACCCUGGCCUCCACGGUGUUCUUCUCGGUAAAGAGGUGGCCGAGGUGCCAACAAGGGAAACUGAGAAUAGACUCGCUUGUAUACAUCCUUACAUCUGUGAACAUGAUUGUGGUGAAAUGUUCUAUGUUCCCGAAUUGUUCAUGGCACAUUUGAAAAGUAAACAUUCGUCGAGAAAUGAGAAAUUUAAGUGUCACUUGUGUUCUGUCACAUGUUCGCAGACGGAGCAACUAAUAGCCCAUUACAAGGUGCACUGGAUUUUCAAGUAUCAAUGUCAGUACUGUUUAAGCGGCUCAGACUCACCGAGCGAUAUGCAUAAACAUUUAAGUUCGUUCCAUUGUAAUAGACUACCACAAUUCUUAGAAAGAACUAUUCCAGCUUUGCAGUCAUCUCGAGGGAAAGAAGAUCAGUUGACGUUGAGAAUAUUGGAUGACGAUGUGGACAACGAUGGAACAAAUACCAAAGAAUCGGUUACAGUGAAUGCUGUCAGCGGGUGUUCUAUCCCUGACACGUCCUUCUCCGAUUCACUGGAUGACAUUAAUAUGCUGAGCAAAGACGAGAACGAAGCGUUGAGUAAAUCGUUAUCGUCUUUAUUUGCCUCGUGUAACACGCCGACCAUAGAGUCUCCUACGCAUGAAAGAAUGUCUUCGGACAAAUCCUGUGACGCGACCACGUCACAGAAUUCUUUCGACACCAAAACCGAUCCCUUGGAUAUUAGCUUGCUGGACGCGCCUAAAUUAUUUAACAUUGUCCCCGAAAACUGCACCGAUGAAUUUAUAAACAUAAAUUUACUGGAUAAUCCUGAUUUUCUGAAAAAUACUAGUCAACGGUUCAGUAAUCUGACUAUUCGCAGACCUACGGUCGCGGAUGACAAUAAAGGUGAUGACAGUGAUAUUGAGAUCGUUGAUAUUGUGGAUUCAGAUACCAGUUCUUCCAAAACUGAUAAGAAUGAGUCCGAUUUUUGUAAAAAGGAAGACCCUGAUACACCGAAAAAAUCUAAAGCAAAAGAAACUGAAACAAAGGAGCAGUUGCCUAUCGAUAACGAGGAGUCUAACAAGUCCACAGGAAGCCUGAACGCUUCCAGCAAUACAGCGAAUAAAAAUGAUAAGCCAUUGACGUUAGAAGACAUCAAGGACACGGGUUUCACAGGAACAAAAUUAUACAAAUGCGGUUACGAGUUCUGCGAUUACGGUGCAGAAAAUGCAGCCUCCUUGAGAUCUCACGUGAGGGAGUGUCCACAAAGCGGUGAUAAUAAAAACUUGAACUGUGCCCAUUGCAGCAAGCGGUUUUUGAAAAUUGGGUUUUUAUUGGAGCAUUUGAAAGUACACGGACUGAAACGUUUCGGUUGUUCUCUGUGCAAAAUGCGAUGCACGGUUGGCUACCAAGCAAUAGCGCAUAUGAAAGCUAAGCACAGAUUUCCGGCCAGCAAAUUGGUACCAGCCGACCCGAAGAACCCAUCUGUUGAUGGUUUAUUUAUUGUGCAAGCUAUCCAAAGUCAAAGUGGAGAAAAGAGGGGAAAGAAACGUAAAAGCACAAAAACCACAGAAAAGGAAAAUGACAAGGCCACUGACAUUGAAAAGUUAUCCUUCAGUCCAGACGAAAUAGAGUCAUUGCCGCGUCAAGCUAUAUACAAUCGCGUAGUGCAGUGUGCUGUGUGCCCGUUUACAACUAAAGUAAGAACAAACAUUAUCAGACACUUGACGUUACACUUGAACGACGAGACUGUGCCGGAGAGUGGUCCCGUGAAUCCUGUACCUUGCUUGGACAAAAAGGAACGAAUGUUCGACAAAAUGGUAAAUUUAGCUAGUAGUUCCCAUCAAAAUGGACGAAUGGGCGGAAAACCGAAGGAGGCCGGCAAAAUCGACGAUGACGAAUUCAUUCCGAAAUUUGUUCCAGAACAUAAGAGGUAUGUGUGCGGUGUAGCUGAAUGUAAUUACCUGACAGUCGACGAAGCAAUGUUAAGGUGUCAUUUGAAAGCGUUGCAUUCCGAGGAACAGUAUUUUAGAUGUCCUCACUGUCCUCAACUCCAACCUGGUCAAGAAGGAUUGAAUAUAGCGAUCGAUAAGAUGGGUGUCCAUUUAAAAAUGCACGACACUAGACUCUAUAAAUGUUCCCACUGUAACCAUCAUCACUACCAUAGGCACGUGGUGGAAAGACACUUAUCCGACAAACACCCGGAGAAACGACCCUUCGUUAAAGUGAUCAGGGAGCUGGAAAGCACCGAGAACACCCAAACUCUGCAGGAAGAGAACGAAGAGGAGGUUCCGGACCCAGACGGAAACCACUGGAAAUGUAACAUUUGCGAUUAUAAAUGCGUGUAUAAAGCCGAAAUGGCGAAUCAUGCCUCAACAGUCCACGACGAAAAGUCUCAGUACAAGUGUAACUUGUGCCCCUUCAAAACAAGCGGGAAAAUCGUGUUUGAACAACAUAUUAGCAACAAACACUCGACUGAUCCUAACGUGGACUAUGAACUGAUAUAUCAGAGGAUAAAGGGCGUGAACAAGAAGAGCAGCGAGAAUGUUGAGCAAAGCGGACAGGAGGAGCCUUUUGACACAACGCCGCUUUGGAGAAGAGAUAUGCCUAGAAUCAGGCAUAUUCGUGGAAUUCUUUUGGAGGAGGAGAACGAAACAAGCGCAGAGUCUUCAACGAAACAAGGGAAGAGGAAGAGCGAAACGGAACCGCAACCAACUAAGCCAGUAAAAAUGAAACCAGGGAAAUUAGGUGUUGUGGACGACAUCAAGUCUGCGAAAGAAAAAUCGAAGAGAUUAUUGCCUUGCGACAAGGCACCUCUUGAACAAGAAACUACGCCUGAAACGCCCAAUGCGGUGGACAAGGUCAAAGACACAAAAGUCAAAACGGUCGAAGACAAUGACUCGAACGAGUCAGACACUGGUAGAUUCGGUUCUUACGGUAAAUCUGACGGUAAUAUGUACGUUUGUACCCUGUGUACACAAUUUAAAACAAAAUAUAAACACGAUAUGAGAGAUCAUCUUUAUAGGGAAUUGAAUUAUGCAAGGUGGCAUUGCAGAGAAUGUGGAUAUUUAUCGGUGAACCGUAACGCUUUGUUCAAGCAUUUCACAAAACAUCACAAUGGAGAACGUUCUCAUCACGAGCCAUUGUCGCCGGACAACGACAUCGAAGAUUGGGUUAUUACGCUACUGGCAAGGCAAACUGCUACGAUAAAAGCAUUUUUAGCAAAACAAAAUGCAAGCAGCUCGGAUACUGGAAAUAAUUCUAAAGCAUCCGUCGUUAACACUGCCGCCAAACCCACCUCUGCUAAAAGUCUUGUGAAAGCUGCAAACAUCUCAAAUAAGUCCAAUACACAGGACGGUAAAAUUCAGGAGCUCAAUCCCGAUGUACGUACAACACAGGAUGGUACUAAGGAUACAGAAGGCCUUAUUAUGGACGAAAGCCCAGCAAAAAGCGACAAAUCUGAAAUGAGUACUGCAGACGCUGAAACAAGUAAAGAUAAUAUUGUAGGCGGAACCGAGGAGGAUCGGGAGAAACCAUUGGUCUGUAAACAUUGCAAAACAACGUUCACGCGUUGGCGCGGUUUCAAAUUGCACGUGCAAUUGACUCAUUUGAAAAGAUUAGGGUUUUUGUGUCCGUAUUGCGAUCGCAGCACCAAUUCAGAAAGCUUGAUGCGCCAGCAUAUACGUUCGAAACAUCCUGGUUGUCAGGAAAAGAUUGUUCAAAAUCCGGAUGCUGGUGGGCCGGAGUUAACAGACGAAUUCUGGCAGAAAGAGUACGGUUUAGUUUUUCCGAAACGAACCAAGAAACGCAAGAGGAAGCUGAGCGAAGACAACAACGUGGAAAAUGAUAAUCAGGACCAACCCGAGACCCAAGAGAAAUGCAACAUAUGUGGCUUCGUCGCUGCCAAUCUCGCUGGUCUCAAAGGACACAUGAGAGUGCACGUCGCGUCGAAACAGACGUUGAAGUGCACCUAUUGUCCUUUCGUUGCUGCAAACAAAACCGAGCUUUGGAACCACGCAGUGAUCCAUCAGCCGAUUAAAUCAAGCGACUCAGCUGCGUUUGAAUCGUCCAGCGAAUCUGGAAGCACGAAUUUGGACAAGAAAAUUCUUGUGGACGAUUGCAGCGACGAGAUGGAGGAAGAACAGGUUUCCGACUCGAAAGAGAAUCAGCAGAGCGUAGUGCGCAAAUUAAUAAUAUCAGACAAACCGUCAGCCCAAUUAAUUUAUCCGUUCAGAUACGAAGAGAUAGAGUUGGACGAAGACUUGGAGGAAUGGCCUGCAAAACCCGAAUGUUCGAAAACAGAGACGAAGUCCUCUUAUGGACUGUAUCUGCAACAAUCGUGCAACGAUACGCAGAUGGACGCACUUGAGUCGACGCAAGAAGGCUGGAUUUGCCAGUGGUGCAAUGAACUCUGCGACUCGGAAGUGAAAAUGAAGACUCAUCAUGAGAUGUUUCACUCUCACCUGCCGCUAAAUUUCAAGAAACAACAGAAGGCUAAAGGACCCAGAGGGUAUGCGUGCCCUGAAUGCGCGUUCGCAACUACUUCCAUUAGUGUGAUGAAAAACCACGUGACAAGACAUAUAAGUUUAUUCAAGUGUAAAUAUUGCGACAAAACCUACAGUUCGCCAACCCAAGUGUCCACGCACAGCGCCGAAGAGCACUCCGGCAUGGACCUGAAAAUAGAGAGCAUACAGAAUUAUGAGUCGUUACUGGAAAAAAUGAUGAAUAAGAUCAAGUGGCAAAAGUCUACCGUCGAGGACUUCGACACUGACCAAGAGCAGCAGAUUCUGCGGAAACCGAAGAAUCAUGCGGUGGCGAAGAAAUCCACAGCUAGGUCAACAAUUCGGCCAAACCUGAUCCCUUACAAAGUAAAAGCAGUGGCUAGAAAAAGUACCAAUCCCUAUUCCAAAUACCUUUCACCUCCUAAGAUUGGCGACAGGCAACAGUCGUCGAAAAGUAAGCAAUUUUCGUAUUACGGCAUUCCCAGAAGUCCUAUCAAUCUGUCAGAAUUGAACACAUACAUGGUAGUCGGCGGUCAUCGAAUGAAGGUGAACUGUACCACUCUUUCGCAGCUGAUAAACAUUGAUCCGAAAAUAAUAUUGAAAGAUCUUAAACAUGUGACAGAUGCGGCAACUGUUAAAAAGAUAAAAUAAUUCAUAUGUAUAUAGAGAAAGUAACAGUAAUUCCUUUGGACAUCGGUAGUAUGAAAACAUAUUUAAGUUUCAAUUAUGAUUUCAGUUAAUGUAGGAUAGCUAAAUAUUUGUUUCCUGACAGUUAUUAGCAUAUCGAUCAACGAUAACCAAAGCUCGCGUAUGGUAUUAUACAUUUGUUUGUAAAACUACAUGAAUUUUUAUAAAAUUCAACCAACUGUGCCGUGUUUUAACGGAAAAAGAUAUGCGUAGGCGUAGUAUGCAUUUAUCGAUUUAAUUGAAGAUUUGAAUUUUUCUUUCUUCAAUUCAUGUGAACGAAUAUUUUCAUUACAUAAACCAAUCAAAAAUUAACUAUGUAGUAGGUAUUUCACAAACACAGAAAACAAUGAUCAUUUUUGAAAAAGGAGAAGUAAUGAAAUGAAAAGUACAUUGUAUUAUAUUCUGGUGAGCAAUCGUUAAAACUUCAUAAUUGUAUUUAGAAACAUCAGAAUUUGAAAAGUGAGAACUGUUAGUUUAGGUAAACCGAAGGAGCAAAUAUUAAAUUUAUUUAUUUUAUACAUAGACUUAUCUUAUUUUACCAGUAAUAACAUGUAAUGGAAUUACAUUUUAUCAUGUACUUACAAAGCAAACACUGUUGAAUACCGACAGGGCAGGAUACUUCGUUUUAUAAGAACAAUCCUUGUCGUAUCAAAUCUGAUAAAGAUCAAUUCUCGCGAAGCAGAAAAUUUUUUAAAACAACUAUGUCACAUCUGCGAUGUAAAUGCUAACAUGUAAAGUACAAUAUUUAUAUUAUGUUGCGAAACGUUUGUAAUAUAAUCUUACGCAAAUCAUAACUUUAAGAAUAUUUACAGGCAUUUUAAUUGAUGAUAAUUGACAAAAAUAGAAAUAUUACUUAAGUAUGUAACUGCGGAGUAUUCCAUAGACUACUAUUUAUAAACAUAAAGUUUUGCGUGUUAACAUUUACGUCGUGUGUGAUAACGUGUCGUAAGAUGCUCGUAAUGUGCGUAUGAAAUUUAUUUUUUACAAUAUAAUUUUCGUCUUCGAUUCUGCAGCAUCGAGUAUGCGAAAUAAUGAACAGAAAAUAUACAAGACUGAAGAGCGUCGUGUAAGUGACGAUAGGCUCUACGCUAAUUUGUAAAAAUUUGUAAAUACGGUGUAACAUAAAAUUUCACAUAAAUAUUUUUGAUUUUUAUAAUAAAACUGGUCAUCAUUUCUCUGACUGCACUUCUUUGUGGCAGUCCCUCGCGCGUUAAGAUAUUACGGGGAAAAAUUAAUGUUUAUACAAAUAAUUAUUUGAAUUUUUUUUAUUUCAAGUGUUGUACAAAGUUCGAGGUGAAUGUUUCUUACAUUUGAGAAUCGAAUUUGUAGUUAUUAGCAGGAAGCUUGUAACGAUUAACAAGAAAUAAAUACCCACGAUUUCUCUGCUCUUUAA